CUUGUUUGCACGCAGUUCUGAAGUUAGCCCACGGUAACAAGCGUCAGCUAGCUUAGCUAACAGGUUAACGUAACAUCGCAGUUUUUCGUUGAAGCUAACCCGUUAGCCUAGGAGCUAGCAGGCUAACAGGCUCUACAAUGGAGGGCAGCGCCAGCGUGAGGAGAGCCUUGUCCGGGACUCUCGUCCCUGUAACGGUACAAACAAUGGCUCUGCUACAACAACAACCCGAAGACAACGACAAGGGGAAGCUGCAGAGAAAGGUCCUCGACGAAGAGGAGUACAUUGAGAGUUUAGAAAAGAUCAUCCAGAGGGACUUCUUCCCAGAUGUGACUAAAUUGCAGGCGCAGAAGGACUAUCUGGAGGCGGAGGAGACUGGUGACCUAGAAAGAAUGAGAGAGAUAUCCAUCCGAUAUGGAUCAUCCUUGACUAAAUCUACACCACGAUCUUCUGCACCCUAUGUGACACCAGCAAGCUUUGAGACACCAGUCGGCCACUCAGGGUCUCCCUCCUCCACUCAUGGCAGUAAAGGCUUAGAAGGGGACAGCAAAGAUGAUGACAAGGAAGAGAGAGAGCUUCCCUCUCUGGAUCGCUUCCUUGCUAAAAAUACCAGUGAGGAUAAUGCAUCAUUCGAGCAGAUAAUGGAUCUGGCAGAUGACAAGGACAAGCUGAGGCACUCUUGGUUAUAUGAGGCCGAGGCUGAAUACAAACAGCGCCACGAAGAGAACCUUGCUUUACCAUCAGCAGAAAAAGCAGCACUUGAAUGUGUCAAAGCUGGACUUGAGACAUGGGAGUACAAAGCAAAGAAUGCCUUGAUGUAUUAUCCAGAGGGUGUUAAAGACGAUGAUGCUCUAUUUAAGAAGCCACGGGAGGUAGUUCACCAGAACACACGCUUUGCUGGAGACCCAUUCAGCAAAGCUCUCAACAAAAGCCAGAUUCAGCAGGCUGCAGCCCUCAAUGCACAGUUCAAACAGGGUAAAGUCGGACCUGAUGGGAAAGAGCUCAUCCCAAAUGAAUCCCCAACAGUGAACGGAUAUGGUUUUGAAAGUAUGCCAUCCCCAGCACCUGGUGUAGCUGAUUCGCCUCUGAUGACCUGGGGUGAGAUUGAGAGCACCCCAUUUCGUCUGGAUGGAUCGGACAGCCCAUAUAUUGAGAGAAACCAUGGUCCAUCAUUUAAGAUUCCAGAACCAGGAAGACGAGAGAGGCUGGGUUUAAAGAUGGCCAAUGAAGCUGCCGCUAAAAACCGUGCAAAGAAACAAGAGGCGUUGCGAAAGGUCACAGAGAACCUUGCAAGUCUUACUCCUAAAGGUCUGAGCCCAGCCCUCACCCCCGCCCUGCAGAGGCUCGUAAAUCGGACAUCUAGCAAAUACACGGACAAAGCACUACGAGCAAGUUACACCCCAUCGCCCUCACACGGAGUCGCUGGCUGCAAGUCUCCUUUCGGUGGCCCAGCCACUCCCACAGGAACGCCAACACCAAACAAAGCCAAGACGCCGAGCUCUCAGGACCUUACAUCACUGACAGACAAUCUGCUGCAACUUCCCAAGAGACGGAAAGCCGCAGAUUAUUUCUAAGUAAGAGAAGCUGUUCUCUGCUGGGAUUGUACAAAACAGACAUUUUAUUAUGUGGACUUGAUUGUUAACUGUCCAGACCCAAUUUUCUCAAAUUAAAGAGCACAUCUUUCAAGUCGAAUGACUGGAUGAAGAACUGCACGGAGGACUGAAGAAUUUGAAAGAAUUUACUAUAUUUUUGAGUAGAGAGGUUGAUAUAGAUCCCUGCUAAAUACAGUGUCCAAAUGAUAUUGUAUUACUUAAUUAUCUUAUUUUUAUAUUUUCUUUUAUCCCAAUGUAAUGUUUCAUAGAUUUUUGUACAGCUGUUUUCCACUCUGACGAAUGUUUGGAAUACCUGCCACACAGCAACCAACCCCGCAGCACAUGCUUAAAUGAUGUUAAUAUAUACAUAUAAUCCAGUAGCUGUUUCUGAUAUUUAAUAAUUUCAUCAAAUAGCCAUUGACAAGCUCUCCAUACAUUUUGCCAUGACAUUUCAGUGUUUGUCUCUGCAUCAUAGAAAUAACUCAAACCCAACGUCGAACAAUUAUGUUGGUGUUUAAAAUGGAAAAAUACAAAGCUUCAGUUAGACGGCUCACUGAAAUGUAAAUAAUGAAAGUUUCUCUUUGCCCUAUUUUGGAAAAAGAAUGUGCAUGCAGAGCUGGGCUUGGCAUUGUAAAUCUGUACAACCUUUUCCUUAAAAUCUCAAAUAAAACUGGACAUGUUUGAUAAAAAAAAGUCUACAAAAGAAUAUAAUAUAUAAUAAUAUAACCAUCACAUCAGUUAUAAUAGAUCUGUUCUACCUCCUACUGGUGGUUGAACAAAGCUGUGAAAAAUACCUUUAUGCCUCCUUCUUUCAAGCAAGCUUCAAAUGUGUUCAAAUAAGUCUGGUAUUGUUUUGUUUUUUUUGUUCAGUUUUUUUAAAGCAUUAGGGGUACCAGGUCCUCUAGGACUAGAUGUAUUAUCUAAGGAAGUUGUCCUGUUGGGGAAAUCAACACACAUACACGUACACACAUAGCUUGAUUUACAACGUCAUUGUUCAUAGGUCAAAGUGUUUUCAUAACAAGGAAUGUUAUUCAGGGUUGGGUCAGACAUAAUAUUGACUCAGUUGUGGACAUUAAACAAGCCUAUGGUUUUUGUACAGUGAAUGUUUGAUAUGCAUGUUUUAUGUCAAAGACAAUGUGCCCAUUUUAAUUUGGAUCCUGUCACAAUAGCAGUUUAAGGAAAGGUUUACAUUUAGUUAAAUCUGUCUUAAAACUAUACCUG